AUGGAGACCGCGACGAUGGGCCCUGCCGUACCCAGGCAGCCCUUCGCGAUCCACGAAGAUGCGCCAACAGACGAGAUUGAGAUGGUAGACGAGUCAGAGCAGCAGACGGAGGAGGUUCGGCCCGAAUCUGAAGAUGCUGUGGGCGAGGAGCCUGAAGAGGAAGAGAUGGAGGAGGAGGAAGAAGAAGAAGAGGAGGACGACGAUGCCUCGGACGGAUCAGAGAGUUCGGACGGUGAAUCCGCGCCGGACCAUGUCACCCAAGACAUGGAAAGGCUGCAAAGGAGCUUCCCGGGGUUCAAAGAGAAGUACCGGCUGAUCAAGAGGAUCGGAGAAGGCACCUUCUCGACCGUGUACAAAGCCGAAGAUCUCGCCUACGAUACCUAUGUUAACAACUGGGACUUCGAGGAGAAGGAAAGCGUAAAAUGGACGCCGCCACCGGUCAAGAGGCAACGGAACCGCGACCACGCCGCCCUGGCUGAUACUCGUCGCCGCCCCAAGUUCGUGGCGAUCAAGAAGAUCUACGUGACGUCUAGCCCUGCCCGCAUCUAUAACGAGUUGGAACUCCUCCACGUCCUCCGCAACUGCGCUUCCGUCUGCCCUCUCAUCACCGCCUUCCGAUCCACCGACCAGGUCGUCGCCAUCUUGCCAUAUUUCCGUCACGCGGACUUCAGGGACUACUUCCGCCAGAUGACCGUCGUAGAUAUGGCGAUAUACUUCCGCUCGCUCUUCGCCGCCCUCGAGGCCGUGCAUGACGCGAAAAUUCUUCACCGCGACAUCAAGCCCACAAAUUUCCUCUAUGACCCCUCCUCGAAGCGGGGGUUCUCGUCGACUUUGGCCUCGCCGAAAGGCAGGGCACCGACUCAAGGCCGUGCCUCUGCCACGAGAGCCAUUCUCUUCAAGUGCACCGAGCAGACCACCAAGAUCGAUAUCUGGUCCGCCGGCGUCAUCCUCCUCACCAUCCUCAGUCGGCGGUUCCCCUUCUUCAACAGCGCCGACGACGUGGAGGCCCUCAUCGAGAUCACGACCAUUUUUGGCUCCAAGAAGAUGAAGGCUGCCGGUCUCCUCCACGGCUGCGUGCUGGAAACUACGAUUCCUACGAUUGGGCUUCACGGCUUUAAUCUCGAAAAGAUUAUCCUGUGGUCCACCUGCCGUACCGACGGCGAUAAAGAGGGCCAGGGCCAGCCCCUUGACGCGGAUGAGAAACUGGCCGUCGAGUUUCUGAACCGCUGCAUGGAUUUGGACCCCAGUAAGCGGAUCAGCGCGAGCGAGGCGUUGGAGCACGAGUUCCUUCGACUUCCUGACCGUGACGCCCACACCGUACAGCCGGGAGAUGAUGUCGAUGACGAGAUGGAUAUUGUUCAAGGAUAA